AUGGCCGACCCAGAGGUUGCGACGAAAGCUCCCGAGAGCGACGCUGCUGAGGCGACACAACCUGCAACCAGCAGCGAUACCCCUGCACAGACAAACCCCACGAUGGGUGAGCACUGCACCUCAGACCGACCGACUCCCACGGGCCAGUCCUCGACUGGCGAGAUUACCCAACUGGGAGGAGUGGAUGUAUACAUCUCCAAGCCCAGCGAGUAUCCCCAUGCUCCAGCCAGGCUCCUGCUGCUCUUGACUGGCGGCACCGGCGUCAAGUCGGUGAACAACCAGAUCCAAGCAGACAAGUUUGCCAGCGAGGGUUUCGUCGUUGUCAUGCCGGACCUCUUUGGCGGUGAUGCCGCGCCCAACGCCUCCACCACCAGCGAGGGCGAAGACGCCGAGCCCGCUUCGCCUUCGCUCCUGGAGCAAUUCAAGCUCAAGGCCGCCGAGGCAGCCAAGAGCUUUCUGAUAGACAUGUGGCUGGCACGCCACACGCAGGAGAAGGUCAUGCCCAUCUUGCACAAGGUCAUUGACGCCUGCAAGGAGGAAUUCGCCGAUGCCGUGUCCAACGGCGACGGCAUCUACGCCGUGGGCUACUGCUUCGGCGGUCGGUACAUCCUGCUGCUCGCUUCCGAGAAGGAGCAGGAGCAGGGCUGGGCCCAGCCGCAGCCUGACGAGGAAGCCGGCACGAUCCGCAAAGGCCCGUUCAUCAAAGUCGGAGCGCUGGCCCACGCCACACUCGUGUCGCCGGACGACUUCGAGGGGCUCAAGGCACCUAUCAACAUGGUGUGCGUCGAGAACGACCCCUUGUUCCCGGAUGAAGUCCGCAAAGCGGGCGAGGACUACCUCUCGAAGAACAACGUAGAUCAUCAAGUCAAGGUCUAUCCUCACGUACCUCACGGCUUCGCUGUUGUUGGUGAAUACGAAGACGCGGCCAUUCGAGCUGCUCAGGCCACCGCCUUUGACCAGAUGUUGCAGUGGCUGAAGGAUCACUAA